CGUUGCUCGAUUGCUGGCAGAAAUAUGGCGGAGACUACAUCCUCAGAACGAAAUACCAGAGGCAAUUUCGAUGAAUUUCUGAAAAAGAUACAAGAAAACAACAACGAAGAGAUAGAUGACUUCUUGUUAAGUGGGAAUGAAACGGCGAUAACUGAGGCGGAACAGAGAGGGGACGAUACACAACAAAAUCUAUUGACGGAACUCGAACUAGCUCUCCGAAAGAGUGACGUCGUUGCAGUCUGGCGACUUAUAGCUGAUGCAGAGGAGAGCGAGAUCAAGAAACUUGCUGCCUUACGGGUUGCGGAAAAGGUGAAAAGGAAAGAAGGAGAGGGACUUUGUACGAUCCUAAGGGACUCACUGAGCUGGAUUCUCACGUUUCAAAGCGACGAUGAGGGCCAAGAGACGGAAGCGGGCGAAAAUGUUCACGAGAAAGCUUGGAUCAACAUUCUGACCAACCCGUUGUACAUGUGUCUCGAAUGGCUCCACAAAACAUCAUCGGCUGAGAAUGAAACAGAGACUGUGGAUAUCAUUAAAGCUGCCCUCGAAAAUGCUUGCCUUUUGGAAAAAAUUGCUGCAAACGAAAUUGACUACGACCGGGAUGAGUACAGGCAGAGGGCAAUGGAAUGCGAGAAAUUUGCCAUUGACAUCGUAGAGCAAAUACGCGCGUCUGAUUCAGGAAAGCUUUACAAGAUUAUGGAUAUUAAGGGAGAUGGCCCCUUACUGAACGGAAAUCACGAAAAUUUCGCUGAGAGUCUGAGUCUUCUCAAGAUGGCCGCUGAUACACAGCGCAAAAUGUUCGUAACAAGCCCCAAAUGCCAGUUCAUUCUUGAUGAGAUCGUUUACCGUGAGUGGCCCAUGUGGCAGGAUAAAGGGCUGGCCGUGAAGACCCUGAGGUUUCUCUUUCACUAUAUUUUCAUCAUAUCUUUGGGUGUUAUCAUCUACCUUCCCUUGCGGCUUAUACUGAAAGGCUGUCUCUGCUGUAAAUCAAAUGACCAAGAGAGAUGCUGGAAACUUAGAAGGCUUUUCGAGCUUCCAUACUCCAAGUUCAUCAAUCAAACUAUGUCCUACUUAAUAUUUCUUUGUAUGGUCUUCGCCUCAACUUUUCAGAGUAAGUUUCAGACUACUGAGAAAGGCAUGUCGAAUAUAGAGUUGGCUGCUGUCGCUUUUGUUGUGGGCCUUUUGGUUCAGGAGGCAAUGGAGGCCUACAGGCAAGGUGCCUCAAUUUACUUUUCAAAAUGGUGGAAUGUCGUAGACACAUUGAUCGUUUUAACAUUCCCGCUGGCCUACAUAGUUUGGUUUACUGCGCGGAUAUAUUUCAAACAGUGGAAACCAAGAGAGACUGCGUUUAUCGCGGCUGAUGCCAUUUAUUCCACAGCAUCUGUAUUGGCCUAUUUCCACUUAGCACACAUCUUCCAAGUUAAUUCAGUGUUGGGUCCAUUACAGCUGUCACUUUACAGAAUGCUUAAGGACGUCCUCAAGUUUCUUGCCAUUUUUUUCCUACUUUACAUUGCAUUUGCUACAGGCGUAAUCAAUACAUAUUCGUAUUAUGUGGUUUCUCAAAAACAACUUAAAGAUGAUAAGUACCCAGCAGUUCCCCGAUAUGGCAACUACACUGAGGCUUUCAUUGGAAUGUUUUGGUUGUUACUUGGUUCGGUUGAAGAUGACGAACUUAAUGUUGAAGAUCCAGCGUUUCAUCUGACGUCCAUUUUCGGGCGUAUUUUUAUAAUAGGCCACGCGAUUUGCACAGUCAUAGUAGCUUUAAACAUGCUGAUCGCGAUGAUGAACAACUCUUUUAACAGAGUUAUGGAAAAUGCAAUCGUAGAGUGGAAGUUCUCAAGAACUCAGAUGUGGCUGGAAUGGAUCGACAAGGGCAAUACCAUACCUGUUCCAUUCAAUACAGUCUACUAUAUUCUCUACAUUUUCUUACCAAACUUCUGGAAAACCUGCUACAAUAAUCGGCGCGAAAACGUGAGGGGAGGAGACGGAAAUAAAAGAAAGACACGCAUGAAGGUAAUGAACAGAUUAGUUGUGGAGUAUCUUAUUGAUCGCUACGAAGAUAAAUGGAAGGAGCCCACGGUAAAAACAGGAGCAACGCGCCCUGUCAAUACUGAAGUCUCUGGAUUUAGAUAUACACUAGCAUUCAUUUGGUGCCCGGAUAUUUGUCCGCGGACAUCAUCUGAUUUGAGUAGCGAGCAGUUCAGGAGAGCGAUACUAGAGAAAACAUGUGAGCUUCGAGGAACAGAUAACGUCAAUUUUAAAGAAAGACUUCCAUCGCAUUGGAACAUUUUCGGUCACGUCAUGCACGUAUUAAAACCGAUCGCGUGUGAGCGAACAACACUUAUUUUCACAACUCUAAUUUUCACCGCGGCAAUCAACGAACAACCAGAAGGCGGCUCAAAUGUUUACGAAGAUUUUCUUGAUGCAAUUUCGAGUGGUACAAAGGACGAUGUGGAGCGAUUUUUACGGCAAGCGAAUUCAGACGAGCGCAGGGAUAGUCGAGACGAAGAUCCAACAUGUGUGUCUCACAAGCGACAACUUACGAAAGCCCUCGAAGACGAAGAUGCUGUCACAGUUUGGAAAUUAAUAGCAAGAGCUAAAGAGUCGGAGCUCAAGACGAUAGAAAACCUAAACAAGACAUGCGAAACUGUCGCAGAAAAUGAGUGCCUGAAAGAGAAAGGACUGAUCAAGUAUCUUUGGGGAAAGCUACGCGGCCAAAUCAGAUCUGCUAGAGGACGUGAUACUUCCGCUUGUAUAUUCCCAGAAAGCAGGCCACCACAAACUGAAUUUCAACCCGAAGAAGAACAACAGUGGAUACGAAUACUUUCUGAUCCACUCUACAUUGGUUUGGAAUGGCUAUGGAGAAAUAAUUCACAGCUGACAUCCACCGCUAUCCAAUACCCGAAGCGGAGAGAAAGUAAGCUUGAAGACAUCAUCGAGGCUGCUUUGGAUGAUGCAUACCUGCUGGAAAAAAUUGCUCGGUACGAGCAUCAUUACAGUCGGGACGAGUACUACAAGCGAGCAUUGGAGUGUGAGAAAUUUGCGGCUGAUGUUGUUGAAGGAUGUAACUUCAGCCAACUUCAGGAGAUAAUGGAUACCGAUGGUAAGGGCUGUUUAAUGGCGAAGAAACCUAAGAAUUUUAAUCAGAGCCUGAUUCUUCUCAAGUUUGCUGCCGACAAAAACAGAAAGAUGUUUGUAGCAAGCCCAAAAUGUCAGUGGAUUCUUAACGAGAUUAUAUACUAUGAAUGGCCUGGUUGGCGGGAUAAAAGCAGACUGACCAAACUGGCUUGGUUCUUCUUCCAACUACUGCUUGUAGCAGUAUCGAGCGUCUUCUACAUACCGAUACGGUUGGUUCGUAAAUUUUAUCGUUGCUGUAACAAUGAGAAGAUUUGGGAAUUCAGAGAGCUUUAUGAGCAUCCCUAUUCCAAGUUUAUUAACCACACGAUGUGGUAUCUGGUGUUUCUCUCAAUGAUAUUCUUGACCUCCUUUGACGACAAGUUUGAAACUUCAGCGACUGGGCUGAUAUGGUGUGACUAUGUGGUGCUUUCGUUUGUUCUUGGCUUACUUCUACAGGAAUUUCUCGAAGCUCGCAGACAAGGAAUUUACAUUUAUAUAUCAAAGUGGUGGAAUGUCGUAGACACGCUGAUCAUCUUGACUUUUCUGGCGUCCUUCGCUGUGUGGUUGCUCUCCUGUCUGUACUUUAGAAAAUGGAAACCUGAGGAAGCAGCGUUUGUUCUAGCCGAUGUGUUGUACGCAAGUGCAUCCGUUAUGGCAUAUUUUCACCUGACGCAUAUAUUUCAGGUUGAUUCGAUACUUGGCCCUCUACAGCUGUCACUUUACAAAAUGCUCAAAGAUGUGCAAAGAUUCCUCUUUAUCUUCCUUGUGCUGUAUUUCUCGUUUGCUAAUGGCGUCGUAAAAGUCUACUCUUACUAUGAAACCUCGAAAACUGAACUGCAGAGAAAAUGGAACCACACUGAGAAUGAGGAAUCCCAUCCGUACGCGGGUCACAAGAGCGCGUUUAUAGCGUUAUUCUGGUUGCUGCUUGGCCUCGUAGAAGAAGACAAAAUUGAGGUAAAAGACCCAGUGUUUGCUCUCACCGCCACAUUUGGUCGUCUUUUCCUGAUGGCUUACGUGAUUUGCACUGUAAUAGUGGCUUUGAACAUGCUGAUCGCCAUGAUGAAUAAUUCGUUCGAGAGAAUCAUGAAAAACUCCGAAAUUGAGUGGAAAUACUCAAGAUCCCGGAUGUGGCUGGAAUGGAUUGACAAAGGCAACACGAUGCCGGCACCCAUCAACAUGGUUUAUUACACCUUGUAUGGGAGUAUUCUAUUUGCUAACAAAGUUUUUGGGAAAUUCAGAGAAAAAUGCUGUUGUUGUCGUGGUAAUGGGGAACCAGACGAAGUGCAGGCGCAAAGAGAGAGACGAAAAGAAACGAUGAAGGAAUUGGUGAUGAAAUAUCUAAGGGGCCGCUACUUUGAAAAAUGCGAGGAAGACAACUUAAGUGGAGAUGAGACAACGGAUGACAAAAGGGGGAAAGCAGGAAAAAAAGAGAGUUCCCUGUUCAUUGAGGAAAACAUUAAGUUACUUAGACGAUUGGUUGAUCGUCAGGCGAAGGAGCUUGCCAAACUUAAUAAAAUGAUGGACACAUUAGUGAAGUGAUAAUGGCACUGACUGUUGCUCUACUGACCAUUUUGUCACAGCUUUCCAAUUGUUUCUUCUCAUAUAUUGUCAACCAGAAUCUAUGGAGCAAGGAUUAAAGGCCUUCACUCUUUCACGUUUAUCUUAA